ACGUCGCCUCCUGACUGUCAACUGGAGGAAACUCCUCCCAGCAGACAGCGCGUCCUGUCGCCUUUCAAGCGCAAUGGUCUCGUGGAUCAUCUCUAGGCUUGUGGUACUUAUCUUCGGUACACUUUAUCCUGCAUACUCAUCUUAUAAAGCUGUGAAGUCGAAAGAUGUGAAAGAAUACGUAAAAUGGAUGAUGUACUGGAUAAUAUUUGCCCUAUUCACUGCUGUGGAAGUAUUUACAGAUAUGUUUCUUUGCUGGAUUCCUUUCUACUAUGAACUGAAGAUAGCCUUUGUGGUGUGGCUGCUGUCCCCUUACACUAAAGGCUCCAGUGUGCUGUACAGGAAGUUUGUUCAUCCUACGCUUUCCUCAAAAGAAAAGGACAUUGACGAGUAUAUCUGCCAAGCCAAGGACAAAAGCUAUGACACACUGGUGCAUUUUGGGAGAAAAGGGCUGAAUGUUGCCGCCACAGCUGCUGUCCUGGCUGCAACAAAGAGCCAAGGGGUCCUGUCAGACAGAUUGAGGAGCUUCAGUAUGCAGGAUCUGUCUUCCUAUGAGUCUGACACCAUUAAAACCGGCCCUGGCACUACGCAGCCUGCAGCAGCACAACCUCGACCCAGGUCCAUGAUGCGCAGCAAGUCGGAGAGCUGCAACAAGGGACAGGAUUUUGAUAUGACUGAGUAUGAGGUGUUGGGGUUGGACCAAUGGGACUCCAAGGAGUCGCUGUCCAAGACCAUUUCCACUUCUGAGUCCGAGUCCACACUCAUUACGCCCUCACUGACGCCCCAGUCCUCUCCACCCUCCACACCCUCUCCACCUCCCUCUUUUUCUGCUCCAGAGGAAACUGAAGAGGUGGAGAGAGGGCUGCAGGUAGCAUCAAGCUCUCCGCAGUUGAGGCUGAUGAAGAGGAAGGCUCCUGAGCCUCCUCUUAGAGUCUUAAGGCCUCUCACAAGAUCCAGGAGUGCUCUCUCCGAACAAUGAAGCCAUGUGAAACUGUCCUAAAGACUCCAGCUGCCUUCGCUGCAAGAAGUAAAAAUAUGAAUGGCCAAAAGCUACAUGACUAAAGCAGCCUUGCUUUGGAAUAAGGUAUUACCAAAGUGACCUAUGAUGACCCCUCUAUUUAUAUAACAUCUUGUGGCUCAUGAUUUGAAAAACCUUGAGGGAUGUGAUAUUGAUAUGAAUGAAUGGUCUCCAUGCUGAUAGACAUUUUUACUUUGAUGGGUUAUUUUUUAUGUUUUUAUGUACAGUGUGUGUGUACUUCAUCUUUCUGAGUUGAUUGUUUUUAUAUAUCAGGUUUGGGUCAGCAAUUGCAUGUGUGUCUUCCCAGACAUUGGUCCGCUGUUAAUUAACAGAAUGUACUUUCAUGAAUACUACAAGCCGGAGUGAGAGUUACAUGGUCAAUGUAAGAGAAGGUAGUAAAAGCCAAUGUUCAAUAGAAAAGUCUUACCCACAUUUAAUCUGUCCUAGAGAAAUAUCUAUGUUCAGCUGAUUAAUUCUCAUGUCAUUCAGAAAUCACUCAAAAACCUGUUCUAAGUUUAAACUUCAUACCUUUGUAACACUGAACAUUCAGACACCAGUGGCAGACAAUAUUUUGUUACUUAUCUCUCUAUUAAAGCCUUAAAGAAAGACAUAAAAACGUAAAAUGUAUUUCUAACAAAUAAGUUGUCAUUAAACAAUCAUUUUGCACUAUGUUCACAAUACAAACAGACUCUCAAUGCUCCUAAAUGUCCCCAAAAAAGCCACAAACAUUUUGUUAUAACAAAUUAACAGCUAGAUAUCAUCACUAAAACUGUAUUAUUGCUUUUAUUCUAGUAAAUAAAUACUGAUUUGUAUUACGAGUGAAAGUAUAAAUGAAGUCACUACUACAGGAUGUUACGGAGAAUACUGUUUUUGACAAUGUACUGUUCAUUUGAUCAUUAAUUUGGCAAUGGUUGGCCAAUUAGGAAUAUGUUACUUUGAACUAUAGCAGAAAUAGGGUAUACCAUGAGUAAACAUUUAUUGAAUAUAAACAUGGUUGUUUUUCCAUUAGAUAUCACUGUGUAGUGCUCUGCUGUUAACUGAGCAACACUAAACCCAGUGAUCUUACCUUCUGCUUGCUGAUUUUUAAGAAUUCAUUAGAGUGACUUUAUUAGUUUGCAGGUUUACAAACUUGCAUUUAAGUUUAAAGUGCAUGUUGAUACACUGUAUGUUUUCAUGCUUUACCUUAUUCACUGAGCCUAAAACAUAGCAACAUCACACAAAGUAUCACUGUGUUGGUUGUCAAUGUGAGAACUUCUGCCGUAGAUCUAACAUGUUCAUCCUUUUAACGGUUUCAUUAAGAGUGUGAAGUCGGAAGUUUCAAACAAAAGCUUCUCAGGUACAGCUGUUCUGUUUACACGUCGCUCACUCUGAUGUUGUAGAUACACUUAUGCACAUACACUGUCCUUUUAAUGGACAUAUGGUGAAAAAAAAUGAAACAGGAAAAAUCGAUUAUGUGUUUCAACGUUAGUAGUAUCAGUGUUAGUGAUGGAUGUGAUAUCCUAUUAAAAUUCAUGCAAAGCAAACGAGAAAAAAAAAGGUUGCUAAGAAGCAGAUUUGUAUACAUGUGCUUAAACUGAUAAACCAUCACUGCAUGAUGUUUGUUAUGAAUUUGUAUUAACAUUUGAUUCAAGUGAGUUUGCUCAGAUAACUUGCAGGUAAACGAUGAAUCAUUUUUGUCAUGUUCUGUUGCUUUGUAGGAAGAAUGUGAAAUGUUCUGACUAUACAUCCAUGUUGGCUAUACAUAUAUAUGAAUACUGUCUUAUGUACUGGUAAAUUAGCCACUUUGACUUCAUUCAUGAGGAGAUACCACUUAAGUAAUUUGGUUCUGGCAGGCCAGAAUGUCAAAAAAAUUAAAUUCUACCCGAUUGUGAAAUACAAAACUAAGGUGAAGUAAUGAAAUGAUGGUUAAUUGCCAUCAAUUAAUCUUUCUACUGGAUUUCUGUUAAAAAUCGAUUUACAGCCAUUAAAGACUAAGUAAAGAAU